GGGUCACGGAGUAAGGAGAUUUUCCCGCAGUUAUUUUUGUUUUAUUGAUCACUCCAGUAGACCUGGUAGGGUGCGACUCGGUGGGUGUCACCGGUAAGACAAGGUGUACUGUUUUACCUGAGCAGGCGAAUCAGACAAGGUGUACUAUUUUACCUGAGCAGGCGAAUCAAACUCGUGUCAUUAACGUUCCUCCUGCAGGUAGUAAAGCUGACAAUAGAAGCUCUCGUGAAACACAAGAUUAUUAUCUAAGACAAGUUAGAUACUGGAGUCUCUGAUUGCAGAGGUUCGAAUAAUUUCUGGGAGAUAUGGAUGACGAGGCGGAUAUAAAAAUAUUUAGAAACGGAAUAAAUAAAAUAAAGAAAUGCUUUAGGGUAGACAAGCCAUGUGACCCGCCGGAUAUACUCACCCUCACAAAAUUCACACAACAAUCACGUGACCCAAUAGAUCGACCAAUCCAGCGAUCAGUUGAAGGCACCAAUCAGCUGCCAGAGACAAGUCCACGUGACGAUGACGUGUAUGACUUCAGCCAUCCACGUCGAGGCAUUGCCGUGAUCAUCAACAACGAGAAGUUCCAGACCGAGAAAGAUCGAGAUGGUUCCGAGGUUGAUGCUCGAGCCCUACAGGUCACGUGUGAGGAGCUGGGGUUUGACGUCAGGGUUUACGUCAACAAAACAGCCAAGCAGAUGAUGACUCUUCUGUGGGAAGUGUCCCGACUCCCAGACCACGCCCACGCCGACUGUUUCCUCUGCGCUGUUCUGAGUCACGGGGACGAGACCUGGACGGGACCCACCCGUAAAGACAUGAUCUACGGCACCGACGGGGAGGGGCUGGCCACUGACCAGAUACUGGAACUCUUCAACGACAAAUGGUGUCCGGCGCUUAGAGACAAGCCACGCCUUUUUUUCUUACAGGCGUGUCGGGGUGACAAGGAGGAUGACGGACAGCUGAUGACCUUGACCCAGCCCAUCCCAACCAGAAGCCUAGGGGUCUACCCCCGGAGGCUCCACGUCGCUGGGUCGGGCCUGUACUACGACAUGCCCGAUCGAAUGCCCUGGGUGCCAAGUUUAGGCCCAGACGUGUCAGAUUCGGUGCCAGAAAAGGCGGGAGAGAAAAAAUGUCUGAGGGACCUGCGAAAGUUGGCCGUCAAACCCCCGACGUUGUACAAAGAUUAUCUGGUCAUGUACGCCACGCCUCCAGGCUACCUGUCAUGGCGGCGUGACACCGGAAGUUGGUUUAUCCAGUCGUUAUGUCGUCAGCUCAGGAGCGCAUGCGUGAUCGACGGCAGAGUUCCGCUGGUGAAGACGUUAACUCGGGUUUGCGGAGUUGUAGCCUUGGAAUACAAGACCGGCCAAUCCAAGAAAGAGAUGCCCGUUAUAUACUCAAUGUUAGUUAAAGAUGUUUAUUUCAAUGUGAAACCACAGACGAAGAACCACAGAAACGCUUUAAUAGAAUACUAUGGUUUAGUUUCAGAUUGUUUGGGCCGUCUCAACAAAUCAGUUCUUUGUUACAGCUUUGGUGGCCCUAAAAUACGGAGUAAAGAAAGAAAUCAGUCAACUGGAGAACGACGUGAUCGACGUAUAUUGGUGAAACAGAGACGUUUCCACAUGGAGGACACAGCUGAAGGGAACCUAUUUACUAGUUGCUUUAGGGGAGAUAAAUCUCCAGACUCAGCUGACAGAACUGGACACCAAUCACGUGAUAAACCAGCCCAGGGACCACCCAGAGGCGCCAAUCUGCUGCAAGACAAAUGCCCGUAUGUCGACGAUGUGUAUGACUUUACUCAUCAACACCGUGGCAUCGCCGUGAUCAUCAACAACGUUAACUUUGUAAAAACAGGCCAGCCUGAUGAUCUAGAUGACAGAUCCCCGUCCAAGAAAGACGCACAUUUGCUGAAGAAAACGUUAAAAAAACUAGGGUUUGCGGUUAAGUCUCACAAGAAUAAAUCCGCUGAUGAAAUAGUAACUCUUCUUAUAGAAGUCUCCAAACGGAAGGAGCACGCAGACGCAGACUGUUUUGUCUGUGUGAUUCUCACCCAUGGGGGAGAGGCGCGUCCAGAAAAAAAUGGCCAGCAACCGAGAAAGGACGUGAUAUUUGGCACCGACGGAGAAACUGUCGACACUGCCGUGGUAAUUGAUAUAUUCAGUGAUGACAUGUGUCAGGCACUAAAAAAUAAACCACGACUUUUUUUCAUACAGGCGUGUCGUGGUGCCAAGAAGGACGCAGGUCAAUAUUUGCUCCUUAGUAAACAUCCUGAUGUGUUACUAGGCAGUAAAGCAACUAAAAAAGUUGAACCUAGUUUGGAUAAACCCGACACAUUACCUGGCAACGAGGAAAAAGUUGAACCUAGUCGAGAUCAACCCGAUACGUUACCUGGCAGUGAGGAAACUAAAAAAGUUGAACCUAGUCGAGAUCAACCCGAUACGUUACCUGGCAACGAGGAAACUAAAAAAGUUGAACCUAGUCGAGAUCAAUCCCAUACGUUACCUGACAAUGAGGAAACUAAAAAAGUUGUAUCAGUCACCCAACCACCCUUGUACAAAGACCUCCUAGUUAUGUAUGCAACACCUCCAGGAUAUUUGGCGUGGCUGCGAGAAAAUGGGUCCUGGUUUAUACAGAUUUUAUGUAGAGAACUCACAAGUAAAGAUGUGAUCAAUGGUACUGUGCCCUUGAUGAAAACACUGACUCGGGUGUCUGCCGGUGUGGCGAAUGAAUACAAAAGCAGCGAAGAAAAGAUGAAGCAAAUGCCUGUUGUUUAUUCCAUGCUCAUUAAAGACGUUUAUUUCACGCAGAAAAAAUGACCAAUGCAACAGAGUGACCAUUUUUGUAUUUAAAAAAAUUAAUUAAAUAACAUUAAAAACCAGCGCAAGAAAUAAGAAUCUGUUUCAGUUUGCUGGGUAUAGUGUAAUUUAAACUAUUUAAUUUUUGG